AUGGGUGACAGAGCCAGGAGUCGGUCUCCCAACCGGCGAGAUGGCGACCGAUCCCGUCCCAGGAAGACCGGGGGAUUUCGAUGGAAAGAGAAGCGUCGCGAUGAUGAUACCCGCGGCGAAGAGCGCAGGCUAGACCGUGGAUAUCGAGACCGAGAUGAGCGCCCAAGAUCCCCCCGCCGAGAUCGUGAAGGUGACCGCUAUGGAGAUCGCAACCAAGAUCAGAACCGUGACCGCGACCGCGACCAACGACGGGAUGAGCGUGAUGCCCCACGGGAAGACCGAGUGGAGAAGAAGGAUAAGAAGGAGAAAAAGAAGAAGAAGCCCGUUGUGCCACAGUCCUCGGAGCCCAUGAUUAUUGUCUAUGUCAAUGAUCGUUUGGGCACCAAGGCUGAGAUUCCUUGUUUGGCCUCUGAUCCGAUUAAACUCUUCAAAGCCCAGGUGGCAGCUCGUAUCGGUCGAGAACCACAUGAGAUUCUCUUAAAACGGCAAGGCGAACGCCCUUUCAAGGACCAGCUGACGCUGGAGGACUAUGGCGUGAGCAAUGGGGUACAACUUGACUUGGAGGUUGGAACAGGUGACUAG